AUGUAUGGGGCCAAGGUAACAAGAAUGCAUGAAAUAUUUUAUUAUACUUUCAGCAAUCCUUGAUAUAGGAAAGAGGAAGUUGAGGCAUGGAAAGCACAUGUCAGCAUUUGGGAGUUAAAUUGGGCAGUCCAUGAAGUGUUACACAUUUGGUGCCACUUUUUAGCCAUUUUUCUUGUCACUCGCUAGUAAUGGUUUUCCUUGGUAAACCUCCUUGUACCUACUCCUGUUUACUCCACAACUGAGAUAAGUGCAGCAUCUUAAAAGGGGGUGGCUGUCAACCCUUAACUGGGCUAGAGAAGCAAGAAAAAUAGUGGCAUGGCAAUAGUGGCAAAUAGUACCUAUCAUGAGAGAAAGGCAACAAUGUCAAGCUUUGAAUUAAGGAAGCCAGUUCCUACAAUGACUGAGAAGAGAAAGGGCAAUGAACUGCAGAUGGUGGCAGCCAAGAAACAGAAGACUGGCAUACUGGCCACAUCUGGUGCCAGUAAUGAAGUGGCCAGCUAUACGCAGGGGCCAGCGCGCACCUCCAGCCUGCUGGCGCCCAUCAUGCUGCUGACCGGGCACAGCGGCGACAUAUUUGCAACUAGGUUCCACCCGGAGGGCCAGUUCCUCGCCUCCACAGGCUUCGACCGACAAAUACUGCUGUGGAACACGUACGGAGAGUGUGAGAACUUCGCCUGCAUGGCGGGCCACACGGGGGCCGUGAUGGAGCUGUGCUUCUCCACCGACGGCGACCGGCUCUACACGGCCAGCACCGACAAAACGGUGGCGAUCUGGGAUGUGGUCAGCGGCCUGCGUGUCCGAAAACUGCGUGGUCACACGACGUUCGUGAACGCGGUGUCGGCGGCGCGGCGUGGGCCGACCCAGCUCUGCUCAGGCGGCGACGACUCGACCGUGCGGGUCUGGGACGGUCGCAAGAAGACGCCCAGCGCCACCCUCCAGACCACCUACCAGGUCACGGCCGUUUCCUUCAACGACACUGCCGAGCAAGUGUUCUCCAGCGGGCUCGACAACGAGGUCAAGGUGUGGGACCUGCGCAAGAACGCCGUGCUGUACCGGAUGAAAGGACACUCAGACACAGUGACGGGCAUGUCCGUGUCGCCGGACGGGUCGUACCUGCUCACCAACGCCAUGGACAACUCGCUGAGAAUCUGGGACGUGCGCCCGUUCGCGCCCAGUGAGCGCUGCCUCAAGAUUCUCACCGGCCACCAGCACAACUUCGAGAAGAACUUGUUACGGUGCGACUGGUCGCCAGAUGGCAGAAAGGUAACGGCCGGUAGCUCUGACCGCUACCUGUACAUCUGGGACACGACCAGCCGGCGAAUCCUGUACAAGCUGCCCGGUCACAACGGCAGCGUCAACGACUGCCGCUUCCACCCGACAGAGCCCAUCUUGGCGUCCUGCUCCAGCGACAAGCAGAUCUACCUGGGGGAGAUCGAGUAGCGCGGCCGGGCGGAUCACUGUCACCUCAUCUGCAUCAUCGUGUGCGCGCUGGCGGUGUCGUCUCAUUCCCAUCAUGUCGGCCGGCCAGGGUGGCCGGCGUCAACCGUACCAGCGGUGGCGCUGGU